AUGUCGCGAAAGUAUGAUCAACGAAAAGACUUACUUGAUCACCUAAUUUCAAUAUUCGAAAAAUUAGAUGAUGAUGAUUUUAAUUAUGUGAUAAAAAAUAUCAUCGAAUCUCGAAAAAUGAACACUUGCCUUCAAAUAAAACAUAAUGAUAUAUUUAUAUAUUUUUUAAAUUUACCUGAUCACCAAAUUUUCAAUGCAUCUGCACUUCUUCAAACGAUGACAUAUCCUCAAGGAGAUCAUAAAAGAGAAAUAAUUUUUAUCUAUUUACAAAAAAGGCAAUUAAAAAAUAAAAACUUGAAUCAGCAUUUAAAAAGACUUAAGUCUUCUCGUUCACUUUCGGUACAAGUUCGUCCUGUUCAAUUCCAACAAGAAGUUAAUAAGUUAUUUAGAGCUAAUAAUAAUAAAUACAAUGCAAAAUUUGUGAAAUUAGCUACUGAUAUUAGCACUAUCGGGCGAACCUUAAUACGUGCAACAGUAGAAUAUACCAAAGCUAUUUAUCAAUUUUUAACUGCUGCAGUAUUUGAAACAUGCCAACAAAAAGAAAUUGACCCCCAAAAAUAUCAUUUUUGGCUAACAGAUAAUACGGCUUAUAUGUCCUCAGAGGCCAACGGUGCAAUUGCUAAAUUCAACUCACUAACAGCAUCUAAAUCGUUUCGAAUUCCUUUAGACUUUGAAAAUUUUCAUGUAUCAUUAUGUGCUGAGAUAGAAAGUGCACUAAACGGAUUACUAAAUGGAUGA